AUGGCAGCCAAGCAGACGGAGCCCGUCACCUUCAUCAGCCUUAGGAAGCUGAGCCAGGGCGUGCCCGAGCCCCAGCAGAAAGAGACAAAGACGUUCACGGUAGAAGAUGCUGUGGAGACCAUCGGGUUCGGACGCUUCCACAUCGCCCUGUUUCUGAUCAUGGGCAGCACCGGGGUUGUGGAAGCCAUGGAGAUCAUGCUAAUCGCCGUGGUGUCUCCCGUCAUCCGCUGUGAAUGGCAGCUGGAGAACUGGCAGGUGGCACUUGUCACCACGAUGGUGUUUUUUGGCUACAUGGUUGCCAGCAUCCUCUUUGGCCUCCUGGCUGACAGAUACGGGCGCAGAAAGAUUUUGCUCAUCUCGUUCCUGUGGGGAGCCUAUUUCUCCUUGCUGACCUCUUUCUCUCCCUCGUACAUCUGGUUUGUCUUUCUGCGGACCAUGGUGGGCUGUGGCGUGUCUGGCCACUCACAAGGGUUAAUCAUAAAGACUGAAUUUUUACCCACCAAAUAUAGAGGCUACAUGCUGCCCUUGUCUCAGGUUUUCUGGCUUGCAGGCUCCUUGCUCAUCAUUGGCCUGGCCUCUGUGGUCAUCCCCACCAUUGGGUGGCGCUGGCUCAUCCGCAUUGCCUCCAUCCCUGGCAUCAUCCUCAUCCUGGCCUUCAAGUUUAUUCCCGAGUCUGCCCGCUUCAAUGUCUCCACCGGGAACACGGAGGUGGCACUGGCCACUCUGGAGGGCAUCGCCAAGAUGAACCGCUCCGCCAUGCCAGAGGGGAGGCUGGUGGAGCCCAUUCUGGAUAAAAGAGGAAGGUUUGCAGACCUUCUGGAUGCCAAGUAUCUACGGACCACAUUACAGAUCUGGGUCAUAUGGCUGGGGAUCUCUUUUGCCUACUAUGGUGUUAUCCUGGCCAGUGCUGAGCUGCUGGAGCGGGACCUGGUCUGUGGUUCCAAGGCAGAGUCACAGUCGCCGGUGGUGGUGACUGAGGGGGACUCAGCAGAGAGCCACAGCCCUUGCCACUGUCACCUGUUCGCCCCCUCCGACUACCGAACCAUGAUCAUCAGUACUCUUGGAGAAAUUGCUCUGAAUCCUUUGAAUAUCCUGGGUAUCAACUUCCUGGGAAGACGGCUGAGCCUGUCCAUUACCAUGGGAUGCACAGCUCUAUUUUUUCUUCUCCUCAAUAUCUGUACUUCCAGUGCCGGUCUCAUUGGCUUCCUCUUUAUGCUGAGGGCCCUGGUAGCAGCAAACUUCAACACCAUCUACAUUUACACUGCUGAGGUCUACCCCACCACAAUGCGUGCUCUGGGGAUGGGCACCAGCGGGUCCCUGUGCCGCAUUGGGGCAAUGGUGGCACCGUUUAUCUCCCAGGUUCUCAUGAGCGCCUCAUUCCUGGGAGCCUUGUGUCUUUUCUCGUCGGUCUGUGUUGUGUGCGCCGUGUCUGCGUUCACUCUCCCAAUCGAGACCAAAGGACGGGCACUCCAGCAAAUUAAAUGAAGACCAGCAGAGCUACAUUUACCAGAGGAGAAAAAAAAGAAUUUUAUUUUCUUGGGACUGUGACAUAUUUGUAACAAUUUGAUUUCUGUAUGUUAGUACUUAAGAUGGACUAUGUAUUAA